GUCGUGUACAUCCAACCAUUACCAUGGCGCACGUACGACGAUGUGAUGUAAAGUAUCUACGGCAGCCGUAGAAGAUUAAACCUAGUUCGCUACUGUAGUUACCGAAAAGCAUUUUUUAUUUACCUUUUGUUCAUGAAGAUACACAUCGCUAGCUACAGUCUGGCAGCGUCAAGGCUGGGAGGGAGGGUCGGGAGAAAUGGGAGAUAGUAGAAGGGAGACCGGGAGAACGAAGGAAGGACACCACUUUAGUUAUAAUAAUAAACAAGAAAAAAUCGGAAUUAUUAACCGGGCUCAUAAUUUUACAAAAGGACAGACAGGUAGCUGGCUGGCUGCACAUUUAGCUAGCUAUCCUUCGCUGUUCCAGAAGGAUGGAAAGCUAGCGAGCCAGCUUCGUGGAAUACCCGCUAGCUAGAUUAACUGUCAGAAAUAAACCAUAAAGCAAUAGCACACAAGCUGGCGAGGUACAUUACCUACAUAUCAAAUAACCAACGUUACCAAGCUAACGUUAACCAAAUAUUUCCAGUCUGACGUUACACGCGUUUUAUUUUAGCCAGCUAAUUCGCUAGCUCCUUAUCUUAGCUUCUGCGUCCGUAAUGGAGCCGGAGAGCUUGCGUGAGAGUCCAGCGGGCUCCGGAGACCCCGAACCGGGUGAUUGGCGGGGGGAGACGCCCGGUGGAGAGGCAGAGGGGAAGGAUGGAAGACCGAAAGACAGAGACGGUGAUGGAGGGACUGCAGACACUCUGGGCGACGGAGGAGAGGAGCAAGAUGGAGAUGGAGACCGGACGGAGGAGGAGAGCAAAUACGAAGAGGAAUUAGACCCCCGAAUUCAGGAGGAGCUGGAACAUCUGAAUGAAGCCAGUGAGGAGAUUAACAGGUUGGAGCUGCAGCUGGAUGAUGCAAGAUCAGGCUACAGGAAGAUUCUUACAGACUCAGCCAGGAAGCUGAAUGCACAGGGUUCCCAGCUGGGUGCCUGCAUCGAGAAAGCCAGGCCAUACUACGAGGCCCGUAGACUGGCCAAAGAGGCACAGCAGGAGACCCAGAAGGCUGCUCUCAGCUAUGAGAGAGCCGUUUCCAUGCACACGGCUGCCAGGGAGAUGGUGUAUGUGGCAGAGCAGGGGCUCCUAGCGGACAGGAACACACUGGAUCCAACCUGGCAGGAGAUGCUCAAUCAUGCCACCUCCAAGGUGAACGAGGCGGAGGAGGAGCGUCUCCGCAGCGAGCGGGAGCACCAGCGCGUCACGCAGCUGUGCCAGGACGCCGAGGCGCGCGUGCAGACCCUGCAGAAAGCGCUCAAGAGGGUCAUCAUAAAGUCCAAACCUUACUUCGAACUCAAGGCUCAGUUCAACUACAUACUGGAGGAGCACAAGUCUAAAGUUGUGCAACUGGAGGAGCGUGUGGCAAAGGUGAAGACUCGCUACUCAGUGGCUUUGCGUAACCUGGAGCAAAUCAGUGAGCAGAUCCACCUCCAACGGGGGCGUCGCCGAGUUGCAAAGGGCCAAACCAAAGCUUAUGGUGGGCGGAGUUCUCCGGUGGGGGCGGAGUCUGAGUGUGGGACCGGUGGUGAGGGUGGAGCUUGUGGGGGAGGGACGAGGGAGAAAGACUGGACUGAUGGGACCAUAAGUGAAGACAAAACCAGGGAGUGGGUGGAGAGACAUAGGGCAACAGGUUGGGGGCAGAAAGAGAGGGCGGAAGCAGAGAGAGCUGGGUCAGAUACUCUCUCAGUUCUUAGUCUGCAGACCAUUGCCUCAGAUCUGGAGAAGUGUGACUCUGUUGAGCACUUGGGAGAUUUCUUAAGCGAUGUCGUCAGCUUGUCAGGGGAGGAGGGAGAGAGGGAGAGGAGGAAGAGGGAAGAGGAGAGAGCAGGAGGGAGGGGGGUGGUCGGUCCGUUGGGGCAGGAGGGGAUGGGCAGGGAGACAGAGGCAACGGGCAGAGAGAGACAGCAGCACUUUGUCAAGCAGCACCACAGGAGUGUCAGUUUGUGAGCUGGGGGUGGGGGAAGGCACAAGCAGAUGAAAAGGUAUUGCAAAAAUAAAGGGAAGUGAGUGGAGGUGGGACACUACCACAUGGAGGCCAGAAAGGGGAAAGGAAGAGGGAAAGGGAAGUGAACUGGAAAAUGAAGAGAUGAAGAGGAAAAUGACACCACCUGAAGUAUGUAUGUUAUGUAGUACCUAAAUAUAGACCCUCUGAUUGACACUGCUUUACUUGAAGACAGAUUGGUUUGAUACACUACAUGCACACCACAAGAAUUCACUCGUGUCAAAUACAGACCUCUGGAACUUUGUGCUAUACCAUUACUCUUGAGCAAGGAGGGAAAGAAGACAUGAGAGGUAGGCUUUACAAUGAAUGAUGGACAAGGUAGAGGUCAUUAGAACAUAAUAGCACUGAAAUGAGAUACUGCAGGAUGUCAUAGAUCUAUUCACAACACACAACACAACUCAAUAGUAACAGCUUCAUUGACUUUUACUGUUUACUAAUGUAUCUCUGAAAGACAAGAUGUCACGCUCUGGAAUAUAGAUGAAUUGGUUUCUAAUAUGUCAUGAUUGUUACAAAUAUAAUGAAAAUGGACAAACAUUAAGACUGAUUAUGAAACAAUACAUUGACAUCAGACUUCCAUAUAUCAAAGUCAUAUUGUCCUUGAAGAGAUGGAGUAACACACUGAAAAAUAAUCAUCAUUCCUGCAAUAAAAAUCCUGGAAAUCCCCCAGUAUGUUCCAUGAUGUACCAGAAAUGGGUUAUACACCUGCUACCUAUUGACAUCAUAAAAAAAGUAUGUUGCUAAAAACAGUGACAUAAGAAUCUGCCCAGUAAUUUAGUUAACACACGUGCACUUCAUCUUGCUAAAUACAUUCUGAUUCUGAAAAAUACCAGAAAUUGCUUAUUCUGUUGUACAUUCUAUCUAAAGCACUAUACUUGGGAUCCUCAUAGGGCAUUCACACCACCAGCUGAUGCUGUCAUUGGCCCCUGGGUGAAGCAACCACGUUAAUCAAAAACAAUCUUAAGGUUUGCCAUGUGUUUGGGUUGGAGGAUCUGGCAAUUGAUGUGCCAUUUAAUGUAAUGAUACCAUUCCUUAAGUUACACAAUGUGUACAGCAUUAUUUUAUUUGUCAUUUUUUGGCAAAUGGUAGUUUUUGUUGCUGGUGCAAUCAUCCAGAAAUCACUCAAAUAUCCCCUGAGACAACACAAAAGCCCAGAUGUAAAUCCGUUUGUAGGCAUCCAGAAACACUUGACUGAACUGAAACUGAAAUUUUUCAUUUCUGUCUUAGUCUUACGGUUAAAAAAUGUAGAGAAACAGCACUCACAUUGAGGAAGUGUGUGAGGGGAGGUCUUUCACGUUUCAUUUUCUGUGCACCUUUUCAGAGGAAAGAAGUUCUUUGCUUAGCCCAUUCCUUCAGUUUGCUCAUGAGUGACAGUAGUUGUUAAGAGCCUUGUAAAUCCUACUGGAUUGUGAUGCUCGAGAACUGGAGUUUUGCUGUUUAAGUGAACCUCACCACUGCAUAUAGACCCCAGGGGUUGGGGUGAGGGGAGCCAACAGGAAGAUACGAAGGCAAGAAGCUUGUGUAUGUUGUAUAUAAUUUGAAGUUAUUUUGGAGAACUAUUCAAUGGAAAAUUGUGUAAUUUAUUUGAAUAAUUAGAAAUGCUGGUUAUUUACAUUGAACGUCUACUGUGCUGUGUGUUUUGACUGUUUUUCUCCCUCUUUCUAGCACCGUUCUAUAGCAAGUCUCUUUUUAUGCCACUCCUCUUCAGUUUUGCCAUUCACCUUAAAUAUGCU